UAAGUCCAGCUCUCCAGGUUAAUUCCUUGUGUGACAGAAACCAUUUCAUAAAAAGACUAGGAAUAUUGCAAAAUAUGGCUCACUCUAUGAGCUUUCUCAUGGUUCUUUUGCUUCUUGCUUUUACUCCCUUCUGCUUUUCUCACAAGACUAGUGGUGGUUAUCUCUACCCACAAUUCUAUGACUACUCCUGCCCAAAAGCUCAAGAGAUUGUGAAGUCGAUUGUUGCAAAGGCUGUUGCAAGGGAAGCUCGAAUGGCUGCUUCAUUGCUCAGGCUCCAUUUCCAUGACUGUUUCGUUAAGGGCUGUGAUGCAUCUCUACUGUUAGAUAACAGUGGUAGCAUAAUCAGCGAGAAGAGAUCCAAUCCAAACCGGAACUCAGUACGAGGGUUCGAAGUUAUAGAUGAGAUAAAAUAUGCCCUGGAGAAGGAAUGCCCACACACCGUUUCUUGUGCCGAUAUUCUGGCCCUUGCUGCUAGAGAUUCUACUGUUCUGGCCGGAGGUCCUAGCUGGGAGGUUCCCUUGGGCAGAAGAGACUCCAGAGGUGCAAGCUUAAGCGGCUCUAACAACAACAUACCUGCACCAAACAACACAUUUCAGACUAUCCUCACCAAGUUCAAGCUACAAGGGCUUAACAUUGUUGACCUUGUUGCUCUCUCUGGGAGCCACACAAUUGGGAAUGCUAGAUGCACAAGCUUCAGGCAAAGACUCUACAACCAGUCGGGCAAUGGGCAGCCGGAUUACUCACUUGACCAAUCAUACGCCAUGCAGUUACGAUCCAGAUGCCCAAGAUCCGGUGGUGACCAAAACCUCUUUUUCCUGGACUUCGUUACUCCAACGAAAUUUGAUAAUCACUACUUCAAAAACAUUUUGGCUUCAAAAGGCCUGCUCAAUUCUGACCAAGUCCUGUUUACAAAGAGCAAGGCAUCAAUGGAGUUAGUGAAGAAAUAUGCUGAGAAUAAUGAGCUUUUCUUCGAGCAAUUUGCUAAGUCCAUGGUUAAGAUGGGGAAUAUCUCUCCAUUGACUGGUUCAAAAGGAGAGAUCAGGAAGAACUGCAGGAGGAUUAAUAGUUAUUAGGCAAUGCAUUUAUUUAUCAAUGAUGAUCAUUGUGCAAUGUUGUAAUUUUAUUUUUAUUCUUGUUUUUGGGCAUGUGUAAGAGUCUGGUUUUCGUGGGUGCUUUGUUGUGGUUGUAAUUUAUAUUGGUGUUUGUGAUU